AUGUCUUAAAGGAAAAAAAAGAGAGAUCCAACGCCAACUAGAGUUGCUUUGGUUUGUCUCAAGACUACCCAAAAUAAUAUUUAAAUCAAUAACUAGUCGUUGCUCAAGAUUUUCUCCAAACAUGGUUCAAUAUCAAAAGUAUCACUUUUCGAUGAUAUUUAUUAAUAUAGAUAUUAAUAUUUGAGAGAGGCUAAUUGUUAACGAAAGUCUUUAUUGAAUAUGAUGAAGUAAAUUCUGCUAUUGAUGCUAUUAAGUAUGCAUUUGCGUUAAAUAUUGUAGAUAUCUAAACAAUACUAAAAUAUUGAAUCAAAUUUCAUGUAAUGUCUAUCACUCUCGUUUGAAGUAAUUGAAAUUAGAUACAGUCCCAUAUACAAAAGGACUUGAUUUUACAAAUCCUCCAUCAAACAAUAUAGAGCAAAGCGAAUAAAUAGAAUAGUAACUUGAAAAUCAGGAUAAAAAUAAUGAAUGGCAAGACUUUUAAUUUGAAAAUAGAUCAACUGAUGAAGUGUCGGACGAAGAGGAACCUCAAUUCUCGGAAGAGAAAAUGAAAGACAUUAUUACAAAGCUUAAUUAGAUUGAUGAAGAGAUAAAUUAAACAAUCGAAACUAAAAUUGUUACUGCUUUAGAUAAGUUGAGAUAGACUUUUAAAUUCCAUAAGUAAUAAGAAAAUCAAUUAAUUCAAAUAAAUUAAUGAAGG